AUGUUGAUAGUGGAAGAGUGGCAGAAGCAGGAGCCGCUGGGCAGCGACUCCAAAGGUGUUAACUGUCUUGCUUAUGAUGAGGCCAUCAUGGCUCAGCAGGACCGAAUUCAGCAAGAGAUUGCUGUGCAGAACCCUCUGGUCUCGGAGCGUCUGGAGCUCUCUGUCUUGUACAAGCAGUAUGCUGAGGAGGACAACAGCUAUCAACAGAAGAUCAAGGACCUCCACAAAAACGACUACAUUAGCAAGACCAGACCUGAUGGAAACCACUUCUAUCGCGCUUUCGGAUUCUCCCACUUGGAGGCGCUGCUGGAUGACAGCAAGGAAUUGCAACGGUUUAAGGCUGUGGCUGCCAAGAGCAAAGAGGACCUGGUGUCCCAGGGCUUCAGGGAGUUCACAAUUGAGGAUUUCCACAACACGUUCAUGGACCUGAUCGAGCAGGUGGAGAAGCAGACCUCCGUAGCCGACCUGCUGGCCUCCUUCAACGACCAGAGCACCUCGGACUACCUGGUGGUGUACCUGCGGCUGCUCACCUCCGGAUACCUGCAGCGCCAGAGCAAGUUCUUCGAGCACUUCAUCGAGGGCGGGCGCACCGUCAAGGAGUUCUGCCAGCAGGAGGUGGAGCCCAUGUGCAAGAAGAGUGACCACAUCCACAUCAUCGCGCUGGCCCAGGCCCUCAGCGUCUCCAACCAGGUGGAGUACAUGGACCACGGUGAGGGCGGCACCACCAACCCGCACACCUUCCCGGAGGGCUCCGAGCUCAAGGUCUACCUUCUCUAUCGGCCUGGACACUACAACAUCCUCUACAAAUAG